UUCCCCGGCGUGGCGGGUCCUGCCCUCGUGCGCGCGGGGACUCGGGCGCCAGCCCCGCCAGAGCGGGCUCUCCAGGGUGCAAGGCGGGGCCCCUGCAACAGAUGUGGGACUCGCCCUUGGGCUGUCGUCCUGGCUUCGCGACACCCCGUCUGGAGCAGAGCUUGCAGCCCGAGGGCAGCGCGCCGGGAGUCGGACAGCAGCGGGACCCGCGAUGAUGCCGCUGCGGCUGCUGGGGCUGGCCUGGGCGCUGCUGGGAGUGGCGGGCGCGUGCCCAGCGCCGUGCGGCUGCGUGGACAAGUAUGCGCACCAGUUCGCGGACUGCGCCUACAAGGAGCUGACGGAGGUGCCGGAGGGAUUGCCCGCCAACGUGACCACGCUCAGCCUGUCCGCCAACAAGAUCGCGGUGCUGCGGCGCGGGGCUUUCGCCGACGUUACGCAGGUCACGUCGCUGUGGUUGGCCCACAAUGAGGUGCGCACGGUGGAGGCCGGCGCCCUGGCCGUGUUGAGUCAGCUCAAAAACCUCGACCUGAGCUACAACCUCAUCUCUAGCUUCCCGUGGAGUGACCUGCGCAACCUGAGCGCGCUGCAGCUGCUCAAAAUGAAUCACAACCGCUUGAGCUCGCUGCCCCGGGACGCCCUGGGCGCGCUGCCGGACCUGCGCUCCUUGCGCAUCAACAACAACAGGUUGCGCACCUUGGCUCCCGGCACUUUCGAUGCGCUGAGCGCGCUGUCCCAUCUGCAGCUCUACCACAACCCCUUCCACUGCAGCUGCAGCCUGGUGUGGCUGCAGGCCUGGGCUGCCAGCACUCGGGUGUCCUUACCGGAGCCCGACUCCAUCGCGUGCGCCUCGCCUCCCGAGCUGCAAGGGGUGCCCAUCCACCGCCUGCCGGCCCUGUCCUGCGCGCCGCCCACGGUGCGUCUGAGCCCCGAGCCGCCACCCGAGGAGCCAGGCAGCCCCCUGCGCGCGGGCCAGACGCUCGUACUGCACUGCAUCGCCGAAGGACACCCCACGCCCCGCCUGCAGUGGCAACUUCAGAUCCCGGGGGGCACUGUCGUGUUAGAGCCGCCGGCCCUCAGUGGAGCAGGCGGCGGGGACGGGGCGGACGACGGGUUGGAGGAUGGAGAUGAGGACCAGCCGACACAGACCGAGGCCCCAACUCCGUCUCCCGCACCCGCCUGGCCCGCGCCCCCGGCCUCGCCGCGCUUCCUGGCCCUCACAAAUGGCUCCUUGCUGGUGCCCGUCCUGAGCACCAAGGAGGCGGGCGUCUACACGUGCCGUGCGCACAAUGAGCUGGGCUCCAACGCCACGGCAGUCCGCGUGACGGUGGCGGCGGCCAGUCCCCCAAAGCACUCCCCUGGCGCGGGGGGAGACCCCGAUGGACAGACGCCUUCCUCUGAGCGCAAGUUCACGGCCAAGGGCAGGGGCAACAGCGUUUUGCCCUCCAAGCCCGAGAGCAAAACCAAAGGCCAAGGUCUGGCCCGGGUCGGCGUCCUCGGGGACACGGAGGGGACCCCGGAGGAGGAGCUCGGCGAGGGCGCGGAGCAGGAAGACCCUCCCGGCGACGCGGCCGAGGAGCAGCGCUGCGGCCGCGGGGACCCCGCGCGGUACGUGUCCAACCACGCGUUCAACCAGAGCGCGGAGCUCAAGCCGCACGUCUUCGAGCUGGGUGUCAUCGCGCUGGACGUGGCGGAGCGCGAGGCGCGAGUGCAGCUCAUGCCGCUCGCCGCCCGCCGGGGCUCUGGCGGCGACGGGGUGGGCGGGGCGGGGCGGCCCGGGCGGCGGCCGGUGCGCCUGCUGUACCUGUGCCGCGGGGGCGGCGCGGCGGUGCAGUGGUCGCGCGUGGAGGAGGGCGUCAACGCCUACUGGUUCCGCGGCCUGCAGCCCGGCACCAACUACUCCGUGUGCUUGGCGCUGGCCGGCGAGGCCUGCCACGUGCAGGUGGUGUUCGCCACCAAGAAGGAGCUGCCUUCCCUGCUGGUCAUCGUGGCGGUGAGUGUCUUCCUCUUGGUGCUGGCCACCGUGCCCCUGCUGGGCGCGGCCUGCUGCCAUCUGCUGGCCAAACACCCGGGCAAGCCCUACCGUCUGAUCCUGCGGCCGCAGGCCCCGGACCCCAUGGAGAAGCGCAUCGCCGCGGACUUCGACCCGCGCGCCUCCUACCUCGAGUCGGAGAAGAGCUACCCGGCCGGCGCGGGGCCAGGCGGGGAGGAGCCGGAGGAGGUCCCCGGGGAGGGCCUGGAGGAAGACGCGGAGCAGGGGGACCCCGUUGGGGACCUGCAGAGGGAGGAGAGCCUGGCGGCCUGCUCGCUGGUGGAGUCCCAGUCCAAGGCCAACCAGGAGGAGUUCGAGGCCGGCUCCGAAUACAGCGACCGGCUGCCCCUGGGGGCCGAGGCGGUCAACAUCGCCCCGGAGAUCAACGGCAACUACCGGCAGACGGCUGGCUGAACCCCAGUCCCCGGCCCGCCGUUCCCAACCCCCACCUGGGUCCCUGGGAGCUGAGGCCUAGGGCUGGCUAGAUUUAUGACCCCCCCCCCUUGGCCCCCUAUACACCCCUACUUCUUAUUCCCACUACCGCCCCAUCUUGGCCGCUGGGGCUUCUACUGGGAGGAGCCCGACUUGACCAGCCCUCCUGCCGCCCACGACUGUCCUGCCCGUGUGAACUGAAGUUCCUGCCCAGUGAAGCACCUGCGCGUCCUCGCUAUAUAGAGGCCGUGCGCUGGCCGCGAGGCGAAACCCACGCUCUCCAUCCCCAUCACAAUUGUUAUCUGCAAAAUUCACCCUCCAGCCCGGUCCUCGACGGGCGCAGGAGUCAGCGGAGACGCGGCUGGACGCCCGGAGCGUCUGGUGGUCGCGCUGCGGCCGCAGGGUCAGCGCGUCCCGGCAGAGAAGUCUGGACUGGGGCGCCGCGGGGGGCCCCUCCCCGGCCUUGCUCCGCCCUUUUCGGUUGCGCUUUGCAGAAACCACGACUCGGUGGCAAGUCCCUCGUUUUUUAGUGUUCAAGUCCCCUCCCGGCAGGGAACGCCACCUUUUUGGCUCCCCACCCCCUCUCUAUUCCGACCAGCUGGGGCCCAGUCGGGUGCCCGCGGCGCCUUUCAGCUCCGCGCCCUGAUUUUCGUAUUUUCGUUGUUUCCAAAGACAGCGACUCUGCAGGUCUGGUGCUAGCAUUCCCUUCCCGACCUCUGGGGGUGGGGUGCGGUGGGGUGAGCGUUCGCGGGGAGGGAAUCCGUCUGCUCGCCCCUCGCUCCUAACUGAAAGCCGGGCGCAACCCGUGCCCUUCUUAAGCGCAGACGCGGGCUGGGGCCGGGGCCAAGGCCAGUUUCGUUGAGGCUGAGCUGCGGUUUUCAGAGAUCGGGGCCCUCGACCGCUCGGUUCCACGGCUGCGCCUCGCCCGGACCCCGGCCCCAGCAGCCCCCGCCGUAGGGAGCACCCGUGCGCCCCAGGCCGGGUCUCCAGGGGGGCUGCGCCCUGGUUCUCCCCAGCCGGCGCGUGAAGGUGCUGGCGGGACCCGCGGGGAAAAUAGCCCCCGGUGCUCGCGUCUCCCCGCCCUGCCUCCUCCUGGCGCGAGAAUUCUGGCCGCGCGCGCGGUCCUAGACGGCGCGCCCCGUAGCAGAAAGUCUGUCCUGUCGAGUGUAACCGUGUAGUGGGGGGUAGGGGG